GCGAAGGUUGACUGACGAAAGUUGCAGAAAAAGUUUACAAGUUUCAGACAGUGGCUAUUUGGUUGAGUGCAAUCAAUGGCAAAGUUCCAAACUGUACUCUGAUCAGCUCCGGAAGUCCACUUUGAAUGAAUUUUAUAAUAAAUUUGAAAUUCAGUUACUAUGGAUUAUUACAUGCCCAGGGAUGCUGGUCCUCUGGAUAACCAGAACUACUCCAAAAGCAAUUACAUGAGAGAUAUUAAUGACAACCAGUGGCCAAGUUCAGAAGGCAUUCGCCAGUAUCACCAACCAAUUGAUGACUACAAUUACUACAGAGAUGGACGACAGGAAGAAACAUCACAUUCCAUUGAGAACCGCCAGAGGAUCGGAAGAAAUCCAAAUGGGAGCAUGGACAGAAAUCACAGAGAAAGACUUCAUCAGUCCUCAACAGGUAGUCCAUUUAUCAUUCACCAGUCCUCAAUGGAGUUCCGUAAAAGUCGGCUAAUGGUAGGAAAUUACCAAGGAGCUCCAAGCUAUUCAAGGUCUGCUGAUGAUGCUGGUCUGUACUUGAGAAAAGAUGAGUACCAAUCAGAGGGUUCUCGAGGUUAUGGAAAUAGAAAUAUAGACCAGGAAAGAGCUCAAAGUGGAUCAAAAGAAGCGAGUCAGAGAAAAGCUCCAGCGAAAGAGUACCUUCCUCCUCAAGUAGCUAAACCAGACCCAAGAAAUUAUCAUAGAUCAGGGAUUUCAUCUCAAGCAAGACCAAUAGUUGCUUUGCCACCAGAUGUGUCUCCUGUCAAGAGAUCCUCUAACCAUCAUGCAUAUUUUCAAGAACAGUCACGGUCACCACAAGUUGCUCUACAAGAUCGCUCUCCACAAAUAAGAAGUCCUGCUUCAAACCAUUUAUCUCAAGAGACAAAUAGAAAGAACAUGUCUCAUGAGCACCAUCAUAGCCUCUACAGGGGUAGGCCAGAUUCACAGACCAGUUUUGCUUUUGAUAAAGAGGAACGAUACUCACCAAAAGGCUACCAAUCACCACAGUCACCAUCUCUAAGAAAUGACUCGAGACAGGCGUACCAUGGAUUACCUCAAACUCAGAGAUCUUACCAACAAGAAGGUUCAGCUCAUUCAAAGGAACGCUGUCAUAGGUCUACAUCCUCUCCAGUAGCAGCACCACUAAGCUCUCCAACUCAGAGAUAUUCCCCAAAAGGAAUUACCAAGGACUAUCAGGGCAAAGCAGAACACUUGAUAAAGUCAACAUCCUCUCCAGCAACAGCUGAUCCAAGAAAGAAAAGGCCAUCUGGUGGAAGUAUCACAUCUAGUGACAUUGAACUAAAAAAUCAAAGAUCUGUGAACAUUGUGGAUUUAGACAAAGUGAUGACAUCACCAAUGCUGGCAAACGUUCCUGUGGGAAAGGUUACUAGCCCUGUCAGUCCAGAUUCUAGAACAGUUAGGAAAACACCAGAUGACAAGGUGGCAAGGACUUUUAACUUCAAAAUAUCAGAAGAGAAGGAAAUGCCGGAUGUUAUUGGAUGGGAAAAACAGCCAAACCGACAAAAACAGG